CUGUCUAGUCAGAUGCUAGUAGGCGGCACAUUAAAUUCAAAAAAUGUACAACAAAAAUCCGACAUAAUUUGUAUUUCCAACGAAUCUGAACAGCUUGCCGCCUAUGUGAGCAACGACAGAGAAAACGACAAAAAAAAUUCCUAAUAAAAAUAUAUAGAAAAUUGUACAAUGCCUGAACAGCCGAGCACAUCCAAUCCAAAGCCGACACCGGCAGGCAAAGCGACCAAAAGCACCAAAGGCCCCAAAGAUACCAAAGAUGCAAAACCCGCUCCAAAGCCACCGGUCAUACGCACACCGAUGCCCAAUACACAUGAUCGGAUAUGGAAGAUCAUGAAGAUGUAGCACUAAAUAGCAUCCAAGUUAACGGCAAACUUUUAUUUACAGCCUUAACAAAACUAGAGUCAUUUCAUUUUAUAUGAUAAGGCUUGUUGCUUAGUUUAAUAUCUGAAGAUACUAUUAAAAACGAAUUGCCGUUAAAACUUGUGUCCUUUAUUUGCUGAAUAAAGCGCAAAUGUACCUAGCAAAAAA